AUGUUCAUUUGUGAUGGUUGUGGUGCCACCAUUGAAGGAGGUGUUGUACGAUAUGUAUGUAUAGAAUGUAAGGGUUUGGACCUAUGUAAAAAGUGUUACAAGAGAGAACAAAAGUAUUUCCCACAACAACAAAAUAAAUCGAAAUCAAAGAAAAAGUUGAACAACCAUAACAAAAACAGCAACGAAAAUAAUGAAAUACAUCCUGAUAUCUCAAAUAACAAUAACAGUACAACUUCAACAACAGAAACAGCUUCAACGACUACAAUAACAACAACAACUACUACUACUACUACAAAUAACAAUAAUAGUAACAGUACUAGUCCAGAUCUAAGUUCUGAGGAUCCAUAUCAUCCUAGUUUAUAUCAUAUCGACAAAACAAUACCAUUACCACAUAAAUUCACAAAAGAAACAAAAUCACAAGUUUCUAUGACAUAUUCAAACAGAGGUGAAACAAUCUAUGAAUCAUUACAAAAUUCAUUUAGAGAACAUUCAGAAAGACAUUGUAUUGGAGUAAGAAGAAGAGUUGAAAAGUCUGAAAAGUAUCCAUUUGGACUUGCUGAAUUCCAAUGGUUAACAUACAAAGAGUUUCAAAAGAAAACAGAGAUCUUUGGAAAGGCAUUAGGAAGUUUAGUACCAACUAGAUCAUUCGUAGGUAUAUGUGGUAAUAAUUGUUUUGAAUGGUAUUGUUCCGAUAUCGCUUGUCUAUGGUACGGAAUGGUAGUUGUACCGAUUCAUCAUCAAACCAAAUUGGAUGCAUUUUUAGAAAUUAUUACCAAUUGUGAUUUGGCAGCAAUUGUUAUUUCGUCAGAGGCAUUUCCAAGUAUUGUAGAGUUGGUCAGUAGUGGAAAAUACCAAUUGCUGAAACUGAUUGUUCAUAUGGAAGAUAACUAUGACAACGAGUUGAGAAACAAGUUACCAUCAACCGUUCAAUUCAGACUAUUCUCAGAGAUGAUGCUAUUAGGUAAAAAAGUAAAGAAUGUAAAACAUAAUCCAUUUGGAACUGAUGAUAUUGUUACAUUAAGUUAUUCUUCUGGAUCAACAGGCAUUCCAAAAGGUGUAAUUACCAAGGAUAAAGAUUAUAAUAUAUCGUUGGUUCAUUCGUAUAUCGAUUAUCCUGCGACGGCACUCAGUUAUCUUACUCUGGCACAUUCACAGCGACGAUUCGACUACAAGAUGUUUUAUCACGGUGGCGCCAUCGGUAUUUUCUCGGGAUCGAUGGAUACACUGUUUGACGAUUUGCGUGAGUUGCGUCCUCUCAGCUUCUGGGGUGUUCCGCGUGUCUGGAAUUUGAUUUACUCGCAAUACCAGUCGGAGCUGGAGCAGUUCCGUGCACAGAAUCCCGAGAGCAGUCCAGAGUUUUGCGAGGAAAAGGUGUUGAAGCGAUUCGCCAAUAUCCUGGGUAAUCGUGUCAAGACGAUAGUGACGGGCGGUGCACCCACUUCACCAGAAGUGAUGGAAUUCAUGAGAAAGUGUUGGCCAUCGAUUGGCGUAUCGAAUUCCUACGGUUUGACAGAGGCAGUCGGUAUCUUUGUAGACGGCUACAUCUCUGAGGAUGUUCAGUACCGUAUCGAUCCGGUGCCAGAGUUUGGAUACUCGCCGACCGACCAACCGAAUCCACGUGGCGAACUAGUUGUGAAAACCAAAACAAUGUCCGUUGGCUACUAUAAAAAUGAGCAACUCACCAAUGAGGCAUUUAUCGACGGUUGGUUCAAGACUGGCGAUAUCGUCGAACAAAUUGGAUUCCGUAAAGUAAAGAUUAUCGAUAGAAAGAAACAUGCAUUUAAAUUAAGUAAUGGUGAAUUUGUUGCACCUGAACCUUUAGAAAAUAUAUUCUUGGGAUGUAGUGAAAAGAUUGAACAAAUAUUUAUAUAUGGAGAUCCAAUGAAGACAUUCUUGGUAUCUGUUAUCAUUCCAAAGAAAAAGGUAUUUGAAAGUUUCAAUUUGGAUAUCAACAAAGUAACCAAAGAAGAGUUGGAUAACCAUUCUCAGCUAAUUAGUUUAUUAAUGGCCGAUAUUCAAAGAAUUGCUGUUGAAGAAAAGCUUGCCAAUUAUGAAAUACCAAAAGUUAUUUCUAUUGAUACAACUAAAUGGACUAUUGAUAACGAGUUGAUUACUGGUUCAGGUAAAUUCUGUCGAGGUAAACUAUUCAAGUUUUACAAGGAUAGAAUUGAACAGAUGUAUAGUGUGAUCGAUACAAUUCAACAAGGUUUAAGAGCUGAUAGCAACAACAAUAAUAAUAAUCAUAGCAGUAUAAUUCAAUCAUAUAUUAAAUCAGUGUUGGGAGUUGAUUCAGUUGAUGAAUUGGAUCUUUCAAAGAUGAAUUUCUCACAGAUUGGUGGUGACUCUAUGGGAGCUAUCAAAUUAUCGAAUCUAUUGAAGGAGAAAGAGAAUAUCGAUAUCUCACCUGCUUUCAUUUUGAACAAGAAUAACAAUCUCGAGAAUUUGGAGCAGAUUCUCUCCAAGAAAGAUGAAUUCAAGAGAAUCGAAGCUAUAGAUUGGAAGACAGAGAUGAAGUUGGAUGAAUCCAUUCAGAAACACGAGAAGGAAAUUAAAUCGAUAAAGACUAGCGGAAAUAGUGUAUUCCUAACUGGUGCAACUGGAUUCUUGGGAUCUUAUUUGCUGGCUGAUUUACUGAUGAAACAUGGUGGUUUGGUUUCCAACGUCUAUUGUUUGGUUAGAGGCGCCAGCGGUUUGGAUCAAGCCAGAAACAAAUUGGUUAAUCAGCUAUCAGAGAAAUACCAUAUUAAACUCGAUGAACAACAACAAGCAAGAAUCGUUCCGGUACUCGGUGAUCUAGAGAAGGAUUUAUUUGGACUGACACAAGAGCAAUUUAUUGAGCUGGCAGAUCGGGUAGAUCUGAUUCUACAUAAUGGUGCCGUCGUUAAUAUGGUGAUUCCAUAUCCAAACAUGAAGAGUGCCAAUGUAAAUGGAACAUCUGAAAUUCUUAGAUUGUCAACUUGUAGCACCAAAGCAAUUCCGGUUGCUCAUGUAUCGACGAUCGGUUGUUACUCAGAGAGAAGUAAAGUUUUGACAGAAGAGGAUGUUCCAACACUAAACAAUCUCGACUACAUGAAUGGCUACAAUCAAUCGAAACUCGUUGCUGAACAACUUAUCUACGAGGCCAAAGAGCGUAGAAUUCCAGUGAUUCUAUUCCGUCCUGCAACUAUCUAUGCUAACUCGGAAACCGGUAUAGAUAAUGAGCACGAUUUCGUCAGAAUGGUUAUUAGAGGUGUGCUCUACAUGAAGACCUAUCCACAGCUCUCUGAAUUCAUUGGUGGUGGCGGUGGAAUGUUCAAUUUGUCACCAGUCGAUUGGGUUAGUUCUUCGAUUGUAUCGUUAUCGUUGACCAACGAAAAUUACGUCGAUAGUUCCGAUCAACUCAAAGUAUUCCACAUGAUCAAUGAAAAAUCGGUUUCACUCGAAGAGCUGGUACAAUCAAUGGGUGAAAUCAAAAGAAUUUCACAUACCGAAUGGCUCAAACAACUUGAAUCCUCACCAGAAAACCCAUUGUACUCUAUGAAGAUGGUAUUCAAGUCUGGAUUCCCAGGAUUUGAUUGGAAAAUCAAAGUGUCCUAA